AUGACUACACUUCAGAACACAAGCAAAGCGAUGUGUUUGGACGAUCUGCCAGCGACAGAGUCUGAUCUUUCCAGCCAGAAACCGGGGCUAUACUACGGUGCGGACGAUCAGUGCAAGAUAGCCUUUGGAGACAAGGCAACCUCCUGUAGUUUCAGCAGACAUGACGUUGAUGUGUGCAAUGUUCUAUCAUGUCACACGGAUCCAGCAGACCUUGGCACGUGCACCCGUUUGUUCAUUCCCCUGCUGGAUGGCACAGAAUGCGGCCCUAACAAGUGGUGUUUAAGAAGGAGUUGCAUGUCUCUAGGGGACCUGGAUGUGAUUGGAGUCGUUCAUGGGGCCUGGUCUAAAUGGAGUCCGUUCAGCAGCUGUUCACGGAGUUGUGGGGGAGGCGUCGUUCUACGACAGAGACACUGCAACAAUCCAAGACCUGCUUUCGGUGGUCAUAAGUGUGAGGGAUCGGAUAUGGAGGCAAAAAUUUGCAACACACAGCUUUGCACGGGAACUCAGUUUGAUUUCAUGGCUACACAGUGCUCUGACACCAACUCUCAGCCCCUCUACCCACCCCCCAGAGCUCCAGUUUACUACAAGUGGCUGCCUGCCCUUGGCUAUGCAAAAGGUAAUAUGCUGUGUAAGCACAUGUGCCGAGUGGAGGGGAAGAGUUUCAUGGUGAGCCGACGGGACAGUUUUGUGGAUGGGACCAGGUGUGAGAUGAGUGACUCAGAGAUAACAUCAUCGUACAGAUUGUGUGUCACAGGACGUUGCAGGAUAUUUGGCUGUGACGGAAAGCUGGAGUCUGACCAGAUGUUGGAUAACUGUCGGGUGUGUGGUGGGGAUAAUUCCAGCUGCAGGAAACUAAGCGGCUCCUACACUGAGGGCACUGCUAGAGAGUAUGUCACUUUUCUUGAAGUCCCGCCACGUUCUACCAAUAUCCGAGUCUCCAACAGCCAGGCUGUGUUUUCCCAUCUGGGGGUAAAGGUGAAAGGUCACUAUGUGGUCGCCGGUGCCCAGAAGAUCUCACACAAUGUUUCAUACCCAAGCAUCUUGGAGGACAACAGGAUUGUGUACCGGUUAUACCUGACCCAAAAGAAAUUGCCAGACAUAGAGGAGAUAUUCAUUGAUGGACCCACGGGCGACACCAUUGAAAUACAGGUGUAUCGGAAAUACGGGAAGCAGUAUGGAGAUAUUGUAAAUCCCAAUAUCACUUACAGCCUGUAUGUUCCGAAGCAAGAAGAUUCAUACAUUUGGCUCCAAGUUAAUGAAUCUUGUUCAGCAAGCUGCGGGCCAGGAAAUGUGAGGAUCCAUUAUGAAUGUAUUGAACGCAGCACAGAGGAAAGGGUAAAACAGCAGCACUGUUUACAGUCAGCAAGGCCUGCUGCUAGGCUGGAGCCUUGUAACCUUGCACCAUGCCCUCCAGGGUGGGAGUUGGGUGAGUUUGGUGAGUGCAGUGUCUCCUGUGGUGGAGGUCAGCGAGAAAGGGACAUUCAUUGCCUGAAGCAAGAGGCACUCGAGAGGCAACAGACAUCUGAUAUGGACUGUGCUGACUUUCCCAGACCUGAGUCAGUGGAAAUGUGUAAUAGCCAACCUUGCCCUGCCAGGUGGACAGUUUCAGAGUGGGGCAUCUGUUCCACUUCCUGUGGAGUUGGAAUUGCCGAGAGGUCAGUUACCUGUGUCCAGUUCGUUAAUGGGACAGACAUAGAUGUGAAUGUGACACUGUGUCCAACAGCAGCGCAGCCCCUGGGGGUAUCACCAUGUAACGUGGGCAUCUGUCCCUCCCAACUGGGCCAGAUGCCCUGGUCAGAGGUGUUCAAACAAUUGGGGAGAGAGACUGGAAAUAUCACGAAUACCUCAGCCACUUCAGACAUCCUGAGUGAGAGGCGCACUUACCUCUGGGUUCCUAUAAUGGGGCAUUGUUCUGUUACCUGUGGCAAAGGAAUAGUAGAUGUCAGGUACAUGUGCACUGAUCCUGAGACCAGGGAGGAAGUGCAGCAGGAACUUUGCCAUCAGAACUUCCAGACUCACAUGAGCUACAUGCGGUGCACCAGGAAAGCCUGUCCCCCCCAGUGGGAAGUCCAUGGGUUUGGUCCGUGCAAUGCGAGCUGUGGGGGUGGAGUACGUAAGCGGGAGGUGUACUGCAUGAAGAAAGAGAGAAAUGUGACCCAAAGGCUCCCUCCUUCAGCAUGUGAGAUCGCUCUGAGGCCAGUUUCAACAGAGAUCUGUAAUGCUGACCCCUGUCCUGUGAGGUGGCAGUCCACGUCUGAAUUGUGCAGUGUGUCAUGUGGAGGAGGAGUCAGGAGAAGGCUCCUGUACUGUACAAAAGUUCUGGGGGAGCGGGAAGAACUGGCACCAGACAAAGAAUGUCUUCAUUUGCCUCGACCUAAAGACCAAGAAUCCUGCAAUCACCAUCCAUGCCCGCCAAGGUGGCGAGUUUCGAACACCGGUCAGUGUUCAGUGGUUUGUGGGACCGGUUUGGCCGAGAGGACGGUAACUUGUGUCCAAUUUCGCAACGGGACAGAUAUGGAAGUGAUGAGAACUCUCUGUUCGGGGUUGGAGGAGCCACUGUCCCUCAUUCCUUGUGUGAUCAGCAACUGCCCAUUUGGCUGGAAUCCCCAGGACUGGUCCAAGUGCUCAGUUUCCUGUGGGCUUGGAGCCCGGAACCGACAGCUGCAAUGCAUCAACCUGGAAUCGACGGAGAUCGUGCUGGAUGCCUUCUGUGACCAUCUGUCAAAGCUCACCACAGUGGAGGCCUGUGAUGCAGGACCCUGCCUGGCCCAGAGACCAAACCAGACAGCAGCUGUGCUGGUAGCUCCCACCGUUGCUGCUUCCAUUAGCCGCUCAGCUGUCAUGACCCCCAGGAUGGUGACAAACAAAACCCAACUGGCUAAAGUCUCAAGGGAUGAAGACAUUAAGAAUACCAGUAGCUGUGGGAAGCUGUUUCUGAGUGAAUCGGGAACCCUGACUCUGAUCAGCCUGCGGGGAAGGGAUUGCCUGGUUACCAUUGGACGUCCGCUCAAUGUGGUCAUCAGGGUCCAUGUUCUGAUGAGCUCCUUAAACUGCAGUAGACAAGACUCUUUGUCUUUUUGUGGGCGUCGGUUGUUUUGGAAGACUUGCUCCCCACUGAAAGGAUUUACACUCACAUCCAUCACUAACACACUAACGAUCAGGCAACGGACCAACAGUGGGGGUGGUGAAUCAAUCCUCCAGUACUCCAGUAGUCUCUCAACUCGACACUACUACAGAGAAUGUGAUACACAGCUAUAUGGACCCCAGGGUAAUAUAGUGAGCCCAAUGCAGCCCUACAGGGAGGGAGAAGCUUGUCGCACCAUUAUCAAUGUGGCUCCAACGGAUCGUAUCUCAAUCAAAGUCCUUUACCUCAGAUUCAAUGUUGGGGUAAACACCACCAUGACCGACUACAUUCUGUUAAAAGAUGUCGCCACACAAAGGUAUUCAGCAUAUCGUGGCAACAGCCUAUUUCGGUGGGAGUCACUGGGAAACUCCGUUGAGAUUGAAUUUCAUGGCAAUUUCGGAUUCAGGGCCACGUUCAGGGCUGUUCCAUCCCGAACCCUCGCUGGCGUACGCAAGCUCAACUGUGGGUAACGGAAACCAUUGUGGAUUCCCUCUCUCCGGAACAUACUGCUGCUUCCCCAGAUAUCCUUCUCCAUUUCCAUCUAGGUAUUCUCUCGUUCCCACUAGACCUGGUGGCGCGUUUGAGGGAUUAACUUUCCCAAAGUAAAGACAAACUUUGCCAUUUUUCACCAAUGGAAAUCACAGUUUCAGUGACUUUAAGCUGUAACCUACUGUUGUGAAGAACCUGACACCAAUGACUUGAAGGUGGUUGAAUGGACAUCAUAAUAGGAACAUAUUUGAGAUUAUGACCGGCAAGCGUCUGCUUCUGUGCUUUCAACUGGUCAAGAACAGCCCUUUCCAAACCUUCAGGCCCACUGAGUCAAUGGUGACAAACCAGAGAGUGAUUGCUUAACAUAUGAGCAUCAGAUAUAAGGCUGAGUUCACUGCCACACAACCCAGCUGGCGGGGAUCUCCUGCUUUACACACUAAUUGCAGGAGAGUAGCAAAGAGGGAUUGAGUUCUCUACUUCUGAGAAUUGUGGGAAUUGUUUGAAUCGGAGAUUAGGAGAUGAUCUAAUUGAGGUGUUUAAGAUGAUUAAAUGAUUUGUUAGCAUAGAUAGAGAAAAUCUAUUUCCUCUGGGUGGGGGGAGUCCAGAACAAGGAGGCAGAACCUUAAAAUUAGAGCUAAAUCAUUCACGGAUGAUGUCAGGAAGCACUUCCUCACACAGAGGGUAGUGGAAACAUGGAAAUCUCUCCCUCAAAAGCUGUUCAUGCUGGGAAUUUGGGUGGGUGGAUGGUUUCAAUUGAAACUUUCAAAACUUGAGUGCAUCUAUUCUAGUGAGUUUUCACUUAUUCAACACUCUCUGGUUUAAGAAGCUCCUCCUGAAUUUCCGUUGGAUUUAUU